AUCCCGGAAGCGGAGUCAAGGCGAAGGAAUCUACUCUAAAGAUGAGCGAACCAGAGCUGCUGCUGGAUUCCAAUAUCCGGUUAUGGGUGGUUCUUCCAAUUGUUUUCAUAACAUUCUUUGUUGGGAUGAUUCGUCACUACGUAUCCAUCUUGCUCCAAAGUGACAAAAAGCUCGCUAGGGAACAAGUGUCUGACAGCCAAGUCCUAAUUCGAAGCAGAGUCCUCAGAGAAAAUGGAAAAUACAUUCCAAAACAGUCUUUCCUGACACGGAAGUAUUUCUUUAAUAACCCAGAGGAUGGAUUUUUUAAAAAAACAAAAAGGAAGGUAGUGCCCCCUUCUCCAAUGACAGAUCCUACUAUGCUGACGGAUAUGAUGAAAGGGAAUGUAACCAAUGUUUUACCCAUGAUUCUUAUCGGCGGUUGGAUCAACAUGACGUUCUCGGGAUUUGUAACAACAAAGGUACCAUUUCCCCUGACGCUGCGCUUUAAACCAAUGCUGCAGCAGGGAAUUGAGCUGCUCACUUUGGAUGCAUCCUGGGUGAGUUCUGCUUCAUGGUACUUCCUGAAUGUGUUUGGACUUAGAAGCAUUUAUACGCUCAUCCUGGGUCAAGAUAAUGCUGCAGACCAAUCUAGGGUAAUGCAGGAACAGAUGACAGGAGCAGCAAUGGCCAUGCCCGCAGAUACUAACAAAGCCUUUAAGACGGAAUGGGAAGCUUUGGAAUUGACUGAUCAUCAGUGGGCAUUAGAGGAUGUGGAAGAAGAGCUCAUGGCAAGAGAUCUCCACUUUGAAGGCAUGUUUAAGGAAGAGUUACAGACGUCUAUCUUCUGAAAGCAGAGAUGAGUUUUCAUGCAAAGGCGUUUAAAAAAAAAUCGGUUACUUACU